GCUUCAGGACCGCGGAGAGCGGCCUCGCGUCGGAGCGAAGUAUCGCGAGAGUCUAGAGGCUGAAUAAUUCUCGCGCGCGCGGAACGGAUGCUCAUCGAUGCGCGUUCGUGUGUAGGAGUAACGUGACGUGAUUGUUUUCAUCUCCUGAGUGAGAUAACGGAUGUGGAGAACAUCCCCAUCAUAAGUGCAUCGAUCACUGAAUGGAAACGUGUUUGUUAGAUGCGAGAGGACGCGUGCAGCGGCAACAUAUCCCUUUCGCGAACGCACGAGAAGGUUUUUAAAUUAUAAAGUUUGACGUUGGUGAUCUUAAAAAAGAAUCUCCAUGGCAGAAAACAAUUUUCCACCUCUUCCACGGUCCAUUCCACUGAAACCAUGUUUUUACCAAGACUUCAAUGAGAUCCCAGACCAGCAUCGUACAAUGUGCAAACGACUGUAUUACCUAUGGAUAUUAAAUAGUGCCACCCUUGCAUUGAACCUGAUUGGCUGUCUAGCAUGGAUGUGCGGAGGGGGCGGGGGAGCCAAUUUUGGGUUGGCUAUUCUAUGGCUGAUACUGUUCACCCCUUGCUCAUAUGUGUGCUGGUUUAGGCCCAUCUACAAGGCCUUCAGGACGGACAGUUCUUUCAACUUCAUGGCAUUCUUUUUCGUCUUCAUGGCGCAAGUGGUGAUUAGUAUCAUCCAGAGUAUUGGAAUCCCAGGAUGGGGAGUAUGUGGCUGGCUUGCCACCAUCUCUUUUUUCGGGGAUAACAUUGGCUCUGCUGUUGUUAUGCUGAUUCCAACCAUAAUGUUCACUGUCAUGGCUGUUCUCUCGUUCAUUGCCCUCACCAAGGUUCACAACUUCUACCGUGGCAGCGGGGGCAGCAUGAGCAAGGCCCAGGAAGAAUGGACCUCUGGUGCUUGGAAGAACCCUCACGUCCAGCAGGCAGCUAUGGGGGCUGUACAGGGGGGCAUGCAGGGUCAGCAGUACUCAGCCGCACCAACUUACAACUACGACGAGCCAAUGUAGAUCCCUCUCAGCCACAGUAAGGGUAGGGGACAGAAACAGGGUAUUUGGGAGGGCUUUCCAGAAGGAUAAAGUCAAUAAUUUGAAUUUCAAAUUUCCACUGGUACAACAAUACAUAUGCUUUGCCUUAAACUGUUUUAAAAGUGUGUGAUUGGUUAAAGAGUCACUUUCGGCUUGUGGUAUUAAGGCAGAUUGAAUUAACGGUUAUGUAGUGUUUCUCCACUUAUUGUAUUUCAAACAUGGCUGAACUGGAGCACCAGUGAGGAAACAUUCCAAAACUCACUAUGUUUCUAUAGUAACUAGAUUCUUAGAUUUUUCUGUGUGGUAUUUGCAAGCCACUUCUAUAUUUGUUUGGCUGUUAGUAUUCAAGAACACAUUUCCACUAUUUAGCAAACGCAUCUUUACUCUCACAUCUUAUGACUAAACGUAUGUUUUAUGCACAAAGUGAAGAAAUUUCCAGCUUUUGGAACUACAUUGACUGGUAUUUACUUGAUCUUGUAGUUGAGAGAAUAUAAACCCAGCAAACCGGAAACAUUCUGAGAACUUUGGCAAUGUUCUCUCAAAGUUAUGAACAAACGUUCUUGUGACGUCCAAUGUUUGUUCAAAGUUAUCUGGUCUUUAAUAAUGUUCUCAAAUGUUAGCUAUGCCAUUCAUGCAUCAUUCAAGGAAUGUUUUUCUUUUAAAACAUUUUUUAAAGAUUUCUACUUGUUUUAGAAUGUUCGGGGAACACAUUCACAUAAUGUUUGCUAAAUGUUCCUUAAAAAUUUGUAACUAAGAAAAAAAGCUUUUGAAACUUUUU